GGGGGGGAGGAGUCUUCUGCUGCUGACGCGAGGGGAGAUCCACACGUGACCGACUGACUUGAUGCUCGGAGGUACAAGAGCCGGAGGAGAGUCUCAGCGACCUCAUCAGCAGCACCCGGACGACGCGCAGCUUCUCUCCCUCCAUCUCCUUCGGUUUAUUUCACGGGACCUACAAGUUCUAUUCGUCACAGGCCCUCCGACAUGUGGCUGCUGUGGACGAGCGGGAUGUUCGCGGCGCUGAGCGCGUGCGUCUGGAGCGAGAUGCGCGCGAGCGCCGCGGCCACGAGCCUGUCGCUCAACCAGCGGCCGAUCAUCGGUGUGCUGGCGCAGGAGAACCUUCAGAGAGACAGGUUCGCUCAGGGAUCCUCUUACAUCGCCGCCUCCUACGUGAAAUACCUGGAGGCAGCCGGGGCCAGGGUCGUGCCUAUCAGAAUCAAUCGCACAGAAGAAGAAUAUACCGAGAUAUUCUUCUCAAUAAAUGGGUUGCUGCUGCCCGGAGGAGACGUAGAUCUGCAGACGUCGCAGUGCAGUCAAGCCGCCAGGAUCUUUUACAACUUGGCUCUGAGGGCCAACGACGCUCGCGACUACUUCCCCAUCUGGGGAACGUGCCAGGGCUUCCAGCAGCUGUCGUUCUUCACGGCCAAAGAGAAUCUGCUCACCCUCACCGACACCAGGGCCGUGGCUCUGCCGCUCAACUUCACACGAAUGUCCCAUUCCAGCCGCCUGUUUCGGAGUUUCCCCAAGGACCUGCUGCAGACGCUGGCCGAGGAAAACAUCACCUCCAACUUCCACAGGUGGAGUCUGUCGACGCAGAACUACAGCAGGAACACCAACCUCAAGAGGUUCUACAAGAUCCUGUCCACCAACAAUGACGGGAAGAAAGAGUUCAUCUCCACCAUGGAAGCCUACCGUUACCCAUUCUACGCAGUCCAGUGGCAUCCGGAGAAAAGCCCCUUUGAGUGGAUCGACAAGCCGGGGAUGGUUCACUCCACCGCCGCCGUCAGAGCCUGCUUCCACACCGCCAGCUUCCUGGUCUCCGAAGCCAUGAAGAACUUCCAUCGGUUCUCCAGUCCCGCGGACGAGGACAAGGCGCUGAUCUACAACUUCUCUCCCGUCUUCAGGGGCGUGGACGCCGUCUUCGUUCAGAACUAUUACUUUGAUUGACGGACGGCGCCGUUGAACGUGGUCGUGUAUCUGGAGACGGACCUCAUCUCAUCCAAACUUGUAGUGGCCUCAAACAUAACGUCAGCUGUUAGCGACUUAGCUGAGCUGAUUUGCACAGUAAAGGAGGUGCCAACCAUGCGGUUAUUAAUAUUAAUUACUAGAAGAAAAUGAAAUAAAGUCUUGUGUUAAAAAAUGAA